ACACCUUUCCUCCUACUAAGCUUCUCUCUUCACUUCUCUUGUGAUCUUCCGUCUUCGCCUUCAACUACUUGAUUUUCAGCCCCUACUACUUCAUAGUUCAUACUCACCUUCCUAUUCUCUCUCUCUCUCUCUCUCUCUCUCUCUAGUAUUAUAUAUCUUGUGACUGAGAUCCAUAAUAUAUACCAUACCAAGAUGAGGAUGGUUGAUUUGGGAGGCCAAAGAGGCCCUAUAUACAUCAUCGAUACACCUACGGCCGUGGACUGCGGCCGGGAGGUCAGAUUCCGGCGAUCGUUCAGAUCACUGGUAGAGUGCAUGGUUCCAUGUUGUGGGUUCCAACCAUCGGACUCCGUCGACAGUGAUAGCGACUUGACACAUGGCUCGACUGUGACGGGGACCUUCUUCGGCUAUCGAAAGGGACGGGUUAGCUUCUGCCUUCAGGAUGAUUCAAAGAGCUCUCCUCUCCUUUUACUGGAAUUUGCCGUGCCUACGGCUUAUCUUGCCAGAGAAAUGCAGUAUGGGUUGCUUCGAAUUGCACUGGAGUGCAAUCAAACAAGGGCCCGGUCCAACUCUUGUUCUCUGUUCAGUGUCCCGGUCUGGUCCAUGUAUUGCAAUGGUCGGAAGGUCGGGUUCGCGGUCAGGCGUCAGAUGACGGAGAGUGAUGCCACUACUCUCAAGCUCAUGCAGUCUGUGUCUGUUGGUGCCGGGGUGUUGCCGGUGGAGCCCAAGUCUGAGGAUGGGGAUCUCAUGUACCUCAGAGCAAGUUUUGAACGGGUCAUUGGAUCGGCUGACUCGGAAUCGUUUCACAUGAUUAACCCAGAUGGUAGUUCCGGCCAGGAGCUAAGUAUAUUCUUGCUAAGAUCAUGACACCUCAACUUCAGACACGAAAUCCCAGAGUGUGACGAUGAUGGCAGAACCCUGUGGGUCCCUCUACCCCAGAAAGAAAGAAAUACUUGUAUGAUAUUCCCAAUUCUGAAAUCCAAAGUCCAUGGUUCAUUGGUUCUUAUUCUUUUUCACAGCUACUACGUAACGUACUACAUAAAUACCACUUUUGCUAUUUUCUCAUUCUGUAAAUACGAUUAGGCGUAUGUGGCUGGGCUUGUGCUUAAA